AUGCUUUCCCUCUCCAUUAUCGUCCUCGUGGCCAGCGCCCUUAUUGGCAACACGGCAGCCGCCCCAGCAGAGGCCAAGGCAGUGCCCGCCAGGGAGGCCACCGCUGGCACCUCAUCCGCCCUCGCCACCAAUGUCGAAUUCGAGGCAUGCAGGGCCAUCAACUUCAAUGAUUGCGGCAUCUUUCUUGCCGAAGAGUUUCAGUGCUACAACCUAGGCGGUACCAGCUGGGACAAGGUGCUCUCUUCCCUGAGAACCAGAACCGUGGGCUUCUCAUGCUUCAUCUGGCGCACUACCACUUGUCAGGGUCCCCGUGGUGGCCCGAUCAGGUCCGACAAUCCUCAUGAGGAUCUUCGCAUUUUUGGAUGGAACGACGAUGUCAGCUCCUUCAUGUGUAUUCCCAGCUAG